AUGCGGCCCUCAAUGCGCCUCCCUCUGCGGGAGGCAAACUUUGUCUGUUCCAGCUGCAGAAUUCAGACCACCCCCCGUAUCUCGCCGCUCGGUCAAGUCCGCCAAUAUGCCUCCGACUCCCCCGGACUCCUCGAACGCGCUCGGCGCAAGAUUUGGGGCACCGACAAGCCCCCAGGCCCAGCAGACCCCUACACUGGAAGUCAGAUCAUGCCAGGAACCGGUCUGGCUUCCGGAGAGUCGGUAGCAGAGGAAGCAUUCAGUCUCGAACAGGGUGAAGCACUGUCUGAAGAAAUUGAUGACAACCUGACCUGGGAGGGAAUGCCCAGGAUUGGUUAUCUACCGGAGAAAGAAUGGCGUCUUCAGGGUUCAAAGGGGCCAGCCGAUAAGGUCAAACCAUGGUACCACAAUCCACGACCUUUACCGUACAUGAAGGCUGCGCAUCAAGCCGCCGUGGAGAUUGGUUUGAUGCAAAUGUUGGGGCAGGAAGUCCCCGUUGUUAGCAACCUUAAGACCGAAGCACAGCUCGAGUCGGUUAAGAUCGAAGGCCAGUCUGGUAACUGGGGCGACCGUCUCCGCUUCCCCGAUGUCAAAACAAUGAAUAUCCUUCUACGCCAUGUAGCAGGGAGUUUGAAAGGCAAAGACGCCAAGAUCGCUCACCGGAAAUUGAAAAAGAUAGCUGGCGAGAAGGGAAAUCGCCUGUAUGACGCAGAGUCCGAGGGUCAGAUGCAGAACAGCAUCAGUUCCCUGUCACUGGCUGAUGGAAACGUCAAGUUUGUUUUCUUCGCCCGUCUCUCCAAAUUGAUGUCUCAGCAUAUUCCUGACCACAUCAUCACCUCUUCCGCCACCACGAGUGAUGUCUUCCGCGCACAGGAGGCACUUCACAAAAAGACUACCAGAUUGACACCGGUGCUUCUCCAUCAACUUAUGGACAAGAACGGUGCCGCUCAAUUGCCUAACGUCAAGAUUCUCGAUGUCCGCCAGACCCGUCAUGACCACGAUGAAGAUCUUGGCCGCAAGAAGCUUAUUGUCUCUACGCUCUACAAGAAUGGUUUGAUCACCAAGAGCCUGGGCCAGAAACAACCGGCCCAUUGGAAGCAAGCUAAGAAGACUGAGGCGAAUGCGUAA